GCCGCUGAAUUACGGUGGCGUCUCCUCGGGCUCGGUCGUCUCCGGCGGUCUAGGGGGCGUCCUGAAGUACUCUCCCGGCAAGGGUGGAACGACCGAGGGGGCGAGGCGGGCGGCAGAGGCGCCGCUUAGGCAGGGGAACGCGAGCAAUGCUCCCGGAGGCGCGGGGCGGCGCGGGGCCGGAGUGAGUGUGCGGGGGGCGGGUUCGGCGUGGCCCUGCGGUCCACCCCACCGAGAAGGCCUGGCGGGACCGCGCGCCUCCUCGUUCGCCGCCUCUGCAGGCACCCGGGGGCCGCAGGCUUCAAGCCCCCAGCGUCCGUGCAGGAGACGGCCGCCGGGUGCCUGCAGGCGGGUUGUCCCUGUUUCGAGCUGUCAUCCGGGGCUGGAGCGUCAGCCUCCGCCCUGAUGUGUCAUCUAGAAACAGAUUUCUUGGAGGUGGUUGUUGUUGUUUAUGUUGAAGCUUGCGAGGCUUUCUGUGCGGUCAGCGCCCCCAAACACGCUCUUUUCUAAACAACUCAAACAAGGGUUGUGAAGUGUGAUCAGUUGCGUGCCGUCCACGCUCCUGAACUUUUGUUUCUAUAGGUAACAUAAACCAGUAGUUGUGAAAUUGGGAGAUCCCUUUGGUAGCCUCCAGAGUGUAAAAUCUUGGCAAUGAUUUUCGCUCAUUCAGUUGCUUGGGAACAGGUUUGGCUGGAAGCAACAGUGUUCCUCUCCCAACAGAACCUUUUGAUAGAACCUUUGAUAGAAUGCUAAUAAUGUAAUUAAGUUAACUAUACAGUAAAUGAUCAGAAUUAAAGAGAAACUCAAGUGUUAGACACUGAAGCUUUUGAGUCAUUGAAAGUUAAGGAGGAAGGGAAAAAUUUAAACUAUUGCUACAUUAUAUUGCCUGACUAAUCAUACUUUUUCUUGCCUAAUUUUAAUGCCUGAAGAUAAUCCUGAAUAUACUAUAGUUCUGUAGUGUUUAAUUAUAAAUAUAACGUGUAAAUGGCUUGGCUAUGUACCGUGAAAAUUUUUCAACUAAAUUAUUUACAUGAUUUGUCUAUUUUUAAAAAAGACUUCUUCAGUUUUAUUUUUCUUCAUAACAGGGUAUAAAUUUAGCUGGCCCUCUCCAUCUCCUCCCAGAUUCACCUUCCUGGUCCCUGUCCACUCAUCUUUGGUCUUCAUUUUGAUUGUUUUAUUUAAUUAAAAUAUAGUUACCUUAUUUACUCCCCUUCCAAUAUUCUCAGAACCAUUGCCUCUCAUUAUUAUCCUUAUGUGUGUGUGUGUGUGCGAAGAAAACAGAGAUGCCAACUGUAGGAGUCUGCUGAAUGUUGCUCGUAUGCAUAGAUUUAUAGGACUGGCCAUUUGGUGUUGUAUAACCAGUUAGUGGGCUUGGGCUUGUCCUUAUUGGGAUACUGAUAAUUUCUUCAAAUCUUUGAAAUUGUAAUUAAUUUCCUGUCUCCUUAUUAAUUUAGAUUUUAGAGCUCUGUCACUGUUAAUUAAAUACAGUUGAAUGUGUUUGGAGUAGUCAGCUAAUGUAGAACACCUAGGCUUAAGAGAAAAGCUGCCCAAUAGUUUCCUUAGAACUUCUACAGCCUCCUCACAUACUAAGUGAAAGUUCAAGGCAGACACUAGGAGAGAUGUCAGAAGACUCAGAGGAGGAAGACUAUUCAGACAGAAGUAUCAGCGAUUAUGAUGAAUCGGAUGAGGUUGCGUUUGUGAAAUUUGUAAGCGAUGAUAUUCAUCGGUGUGCACUACUAGCAGCAGAUUCUAUUGGUGACCCAUUCUUCCCUCGAACUACACAGAUUUUAUUUGAGUAUCAGCUAGGAAGAUGGGUACCACGCCUCCGUGAACCACGGGAUUUAUAUGGUGUCUCUUCUUCUGGUCCACUGAGCCCAACACGGUGGCCAUACCACUGUGAGGUCAUUGAUGAAAAAGUCCAGCAUAUUGAGUGGACUCCUUUUUUUCCUGAGCCGAUAUAUGUCCCAACGGGCAUGGAAAUAGAACCUGUUUACCCAAACUCCAAGGAAGAUACUGUGGUUUAUCUAGCUGAAGACACUUACAAAGAGCCCUGUUUUGUGUAUUCCCGCGUUGGGGGUAACCGGACGUCCUUGAAACAGCCCGUGGAUAACUGUGACAACACUUUGGUGUUUGAAGCAAGGUUUGAGAGUGGUAAUCUACAGAAGGUAGUCAAAGUGGCAGAUUAUGAAUAUCAGUUGACUGUGCGCCCAGACCUCUUCACAAAUAAGCAUACUCAGUGGUACUAUUUCCAGGUCACUAACACCCAAGCAGAAAUAGCCUACAGAUUCACUAUUGUCAACUUCACCAAGCCUUCUAGUCUUUACAAUCGGGGUAUGAAGCCACUCUUCUAUUCUGAAAAAGAGGCCAAAAUCCAUAAAAUUGGCUGGCAGAGAAUAGGAGACCAAAUCAAGUAUUAUAAAAACAACCUUGGACAAGAUGGGCGCCACUUUUUUUCUCUUACAUGGACAUUUCAGUUUCCACACAGCAAGGAUACUUGCUACUUUGCUCACUGCUAUCCAUACACUUACACCAACCUUCAAGAAUACCUUUCUGGCAUCAACAGUGACCCAGUAAGAUCAAAGUUUUGUAAAAUACGUGUCUUGUGCCACACACUUGCUAGGAAUAUGGUGUAUGUCUUGACAAUCACUACUCCCUUGAAGAACAGUGACUCAAGAAAGCGCAAGGCUGUGAUUUUGACUGCAAGGGUUCACCCAGGAGAGACCAACAGCUCUUGGAUCAUGAAAGGCUUCCUAGAUUAUAUUUUAGGAGACUCGAGUGAUGCACGGUUGCUUCGGGACACUUUCAUCUUCAAGGUGGUACCCAUGCUGAAUCCAGAUGGUGUGAUCGUGGGAAAUUACCGCUGUUCCUUAGCUGGACGGGAUUUAAACCGUAACUAUACAUCUCUCCUAAAGGAAUCUUACCCUUCUGUUUGGUAUACAAGGAACAUGAUCCAUAGGUUAAUGGAGAAACGAGAAGUUAUUUUAUAUUGUGAUCUUCAUGGCCAUAGUAAGAAACAGAAUAUUUUCAUGUAUGGCUGUGAUGGUAGCAGCAGAUCUAAAUCAAAAGGAUUAUACUUACAACAACGAAUAUUCCCACUUAUGCUGAGCAAAAACUGCCCAAAUAAAUUUUCCUUCUCAGCUUGCAAGUUUAACGUUCAGAAGAGCAAGGAAGGGACAGGAAGGGUUGUGAUGUGGAAGAUGGGCAUCAGGAACAGCUUCACCCUGGAGGCCACCUUCUGCGGAUCUACUCUUGGUAAUAAACGAGGCACCCACUUCAGCACAAAAGACUUAGAGUCAAUGGGAUAUCAUUUUUGUGAUUCUCUAUUGGACUACUGUGAUCCUGACCGGAGCAAGUAUUUUAAGUGCCUGAAAGAAUUAGAAGAAAUGGAAAAACAUAUGAACUUGGAAAGAGGCUUUGGUGAUUCAGAUACUUCUCUAGUAGAAAUAUCAAUGGAUGUGGAGUCGAGUAGUCGAGGCUCUGACAGUUCAGAGUCUAAUGACACUCCGACUUAUCUUCUCAAGCUGACCUCUCAGGUGAAAAACAAGAAAAAGUAUCUGAAAACAAAGAGGGAAAGAAAUGCCACCUUAGCAAAGCGCUGGAAUUAUGCAAGAGAGGUUUAUGGUAAAGAACAUUUGCUCCAAAGACACGAAGAAUCACAUUCUGAUGUGAAAGAUCCAAGGCCAGCUGUGCCGGAUGUUUAUGUGGCUCAUUGUUUCAGAAGACCAUUGCCUAAUCAAGGCUUGGUGAAGAUUCCUGGGCAUAGCUUUUAUGCCCGAAAAACGCACCCAAGCUCCCAACAUGUGAGUCAGAGUCUUAUCAAAGACCAACGGACAUAUAUUUUAGAAACUUGUAAGGGUCCAAUCCAAGAAGCAGUUCAGUCCAAAGGAAUCGAAAUGUAUGAGAGUUGUUUCAAAGUGGCAUCCUUGAAGUGUCCUGUGAACAAACAAACUUCAAAUUGGAUUGAGAAGACAAGAAUACCAACAGAGUCACAUCAUGGACUGAAAAGCAAAGUAAAAAGAUGUGCAUCUUUCCAAAGCAAGAGGUCCGGCACAAACUGGACAGAUGAUGAAAAAAGAAUCUACAGGGAUAAAAGAAUAGCUCAGACCCAGGAAAUACUACAGUAUUUACUCCCUAUCGUGGAAUCCUCUAAAAGCAUGAAAUCUACUCAAAUGAAAGACCUGUUCACUUCAGGAGCCGACUUGCAGCAACAUCAACUCGUUCCAACUGCUUGCAUAAAUACAAGAAGAUACAGCCUACCUUGGAUACCAAGCAGAAAGCUCGCUUUGAAAACCGGAAGGAAUCUUGUGACAGAUGCCCCAGAAUGGCUCCAGCCUGUGCCCCAGAGAUCACUAGAAUGUUUUUCAUCCCUCUGUCGUCUUCAGAAGAGGAAAAAGCACUCUGAACUCUGGGCCAGACACACUGAAUAUAUGAUGAACAGAUAUGGCCGCAAACGGGAGACUAUUCCCUCACGUCCUAAAACGGAUGCCAACGCUAUCAGUGGUAACAGUCUUCAGCCUGCAGAAUCCACCCUGAAGAGCUCUGAGCAGACAGUUCCUCAUCCAACUAAAAGCAACAAGAAACCAAAUGAGAGUAACGGCCCUCUCACCUUGCGCCUGAAGUUCCACUGCAACAGUUAAUCAAGCUGAAAGCGCUUCUGGGAACUGUGGCUGAUGGAGAUGCUCCGACACAGUAAAAAUCAGCAGCCCCUGCCCUGCCCUGCCCUCUUCACACGCAUAUGUGGGUAUGAACUACAGAUUUUACCAGUUCCAUCUUCCUUAGAUGAAACACCUUUCAGAGACUUUAAAAAAUCCGGAGGAAAUAUAGAAAAGUUAAAAAAAAACACAUAUAUUUAAUUUGUAUCAACAUGGGAAAAAGGUUGAAACUUUUGAUUUCUUGCAAAAUUAUGUGUGUAUAUAACAAAAAGAAACUAAGACUUGAAGAAAGGAAGACCAUGCUAUUAAUGAUUUCAGUCACUUUGAUGAACCAGCGGUCAUUUUCCGUGUCUCUUUAUAUAGUUGGUGUGGUAGCAAUAGCACAGGAGAAAUAAACAAUAUUUCUCCCUUCUAGAAGAGCAUCAUAUAAUUGUUCCCAGGAGCACACAUGAUAGCUGGGCAUAGGGCACACAAUAGCAAUCCCAGCACUUGGGAAGUAGAGGCAGAAGGAUCAGGGAUCCAGGCUUUUAAAUGUUGGGCAACAUUUAAAAGCAGCAAGAUAAAUAUUAAUAAUAACUGAAUAGUAAAACAGUAAUUUAUGUACCUCCAAUUAAUGAACUAGCACAUAUCAGAAGAUGCUAACUGCACAGAUCAAAGGGUGGACCAAAAUAACAUGGAAAUAUAUUAUGGUUUCAAAGUCAUUUUACCUCUCAUAAUUAAGCAAAGUUUUAAAAGAUUAGAAAUCCCCUUUCUCCUAGAUCAGCAAGUGCACGCCUCCAGCCUUUCACUCAAGUGGGUAUUUCGGAAGUAAGUCCUACACCUCACUUUUGUCUCAAGGCGGUGAGCAGCCAGGCUGUGGGGUGGGUGGUGCACGCUAUACUCCCAACGGCUUAGGAGCCUGACUCAAAGAUCACAAGUUCAAGGCUUGUCUGGGCUACCACGUAAGUUCAAGAGUGGCCCCAGCAACCUAAUGAAUGCUGUACCCAAACAAAAGACUGAAACAGCACGGAGGGAAACGGAGGGUGUAGCUCGGUGACAGAGAACUACCUGCCGAGUGUGGGGAGACCCUAGUUCACACCCCAGUGUCACCCGAAAAUAGAAAUAAUACGGUGAGUACGAGGAGGGAGUCCCGCAACACGUGCUCCAGUGUGUCAGUCAGGACGAAGGCGAGCGAGGGAGGAAGCCCUCCAGGCCUGGGACUCGAGAGGCACGGGAGACAGGACAUAGGUCUAAGCGGGAUAAGGAGGUUCGCGGUCAGUGUUUCUAGUAGCCGAAAGGGACUUGAGAGCUCACUGCGGUGUUAAGAGAAUAAUGCGAUUUGUAGGUAGUGUUGACCAUAA